AUGGCCCCCACCCGUCGCUCGCCGCUCCUCGUCGUCCUGGCCCUGGCUGUUGCCGCUUGCAGUCCGGCCUUCCUGAUGCCAGGUCUCCGGCCGUCUGUGCCCGAGAAGACUCAGCAGCUCGUCGCCGGCGCGGCCUUGGUUGCGUCCAUGCCUGCUCCCGCUCAUGCCGGUGGCAUGUUCGACUUCGGGUUGACGCUCCCAUUCGUGGCGGGCUCCUUCCUGCUCUUGAUGGCUGUGCUCAACGCCCUCUUCUACGCACCCGUCUCGGAGGAGAUGGAAGAGAGAAACUCGAAGCUUCUGCAGACCCUGUCUGAUGCCACCGACAUGCUGGCAGAGGCUGAUGAGAUGCAGGUGCAGUACACCGCGGAGAUCAAGGAGGCACGGGAGAAGGCUGCGAAGGAGCUUGCGGAGGCGCGGGAGAAGACGGAGGCCGCCAUUGAG